UCUGUUUUCUUCCCCACCCUCUCCCUUCACAUUCCUUUGAAUUCUGGGACCUAGGAUUUAUCCAUGACCCACCCGUUUAUCUGACAGCAAACCCCCUCCCCAGUCUCUGCUACCCUCCCCCCACCAAUGUUUGCAGUCCCCAUGGGACCCCCUAGGGAUGGAUGUGGGUGGAGGAAGGGGAUUAUUUAAAAAGAAACGCAACGGUUUUAUUAUAGUCAACUUGGAAAAUACAAGAGAAUUCACCCCUGGAAAAUAAUUGUUAACAUCUAGUUUGCAUGCCUCUGCUUAUUUUUAAAAUCAGAUGGUCACAGUUUACUCUGUGUUGUACUUCAAGAUGGUUAUCCUGCCCCUCCUCGCCACACUUCCCACGCUUGGAGCGCAUCCUUAUGUCAUCUAACUAUUUUCACUUACAGGAACGAACUUUCUAGGAAUAUGUGUUGGAUCGGUCCUUUCUAGUCAUUAACAAAGACAUGACUGUGUGUUGGUUUUCUUUCUCAAUGCAGAGAAGUCAUUCAGAAUUCAAAAGAGGUUCUGAAUUUAUUGCAAGAAAAAAACCCUACCUUUAAGCCGGUGCUUGCUAUUAUUCAGGCAGGUGAUGAUAACUUGAUGCAGGAAAUAAACCAGAAUUUGGCAGAGGAGGCUGGUCUGAACAUCACUCACAUUUGCCUUCCUCCGGAUAGCAGUGAAGCCGAGAUUAUAGAUGAAAUCUUGAAGAUUAACGAAGACACCAGAGUACAUGGCCUUGCCCUUCAGAUCUCCGAGAACUCGUUUAGCAACAAAGUCCUCAAUGCCUUGAAACCAGAAAAAGAUGUGGAUGGAGUAACAGACAUAAACCUGGGGAGGCUGGUCCGUGGAGAUGCCCAUGAAUGUUACAUCUCACCUGUGGCCAGAGCUGUGAUUGAACUUCUUGAAAAGUCAGGUGUCAACUUAGAUGGAAAGAAGAUCUUGGUAAUAGGAGCCCAUGGGUCUUUGGAAGCUGCCGUGCAAUGCCUAUUCCAGAGGAGAGGGUCCAUGACAAUGAGCUCCCAGUGGAAAACACCUCAACUUCAAAGCAAGCUUCUUGAGGCUGAUAUUGUGGUCUUGGGCUCUCCCAAGCCAGAAGAGAUUCCCCUUUCUUGGAUACAACCAGGAACUACAGUUCUCAACUGUUCCAAUGACUUCCUAUCAGGGAAGCUUGGACAUGGUUCUCUUGGGGUACAUCUUCAUGGUCUCAUUGCAGAGAAUGAUGUCAGUCUCCUUGCUGCAGCUCUGCGGAUUCAGAACAUGGUCAGCAGUGGAAGGAGAUGGCUACGUGAACAGCAGCAUGCAAGGUGGAGACUUCACUGCUUGAAACUCCAGCCUCUCUCCCCCGUGCCAAGUGAUCUUGAGAUUUCAAAAGCACAGACUCCAAAAGCCGUGGAUGUCCUUGCCAAGGAGAUAGGAUUGCUUGCAGAUGAAAUUGAAAUCUAUGGCAAAAGCAAAGCCAAAGUACGUUUGUCCCUGCUGGAAAGGUUAAAGGAUCAAGCAGAUGGAAAAUACGUUUUAGUAGCUGGGAUCACACCCACCCCUCUCGGGGAGGGGAAAAGCACAGUGACCGUUGGGCUCGUACAAGCAAUGACUGCACACCUGAACAUCAACUCCUUUGCCUGUCUCAGGCAGCCUUCUCAAGGACCAACUUUUGGAGUUAAAGGAGGCGCUGCAGGUGGCGGAUACGCCCAGGUCAUCCCCAUGGAGGAGUUCAACCUUCACUUGACCGGGGACAUUCACGCCAUCACUGCUGCCAAUAACCUGCUGGCCGCCGCUGUUGACACAAGGAUUCUGCAUGAAAACACUCAAACCAAUAAGGGGUUGUAUAAUCGACUUGUUCCUUCAGUGAAUGGCGUCCGAGAGUUUUCAAGCAUUCAGCUUGCUCGGCUGAAAAAACUGGGAAUAAAUAAGACAGAUCCAAACGCACUGACGGAAGAGGAAAUGGGUAAAUUCGCCCGUCUCAACAUCGACCCCUCCACCAUCACGUGGCAGAGAGUAUUGGAUACAAAUGACCGAUUUCUACGAAAAAUAACGAUUGGGCAGGCACCCACAGAGAAGGGGUAUUCCCGGCAGGCACAGUUUGACAUCGCAGUGGCCAGCGAGAUCAUGGCAGUGCUGGCCUUGACUGACAGCCUGGCGGACAUGAAGGAGCGGCUGGGAAGAAUGGUGGUGGCCAGUGACAAAAAUGGGCAGCCCGUGACAGCAGAAGAUUUGGGGGUCACAGGUGCCUUGACAGUUUUGAUGAAAGAUGCAAUAAAACCAAAUCUGAUGCAGACCCUAGAAGGGACACCUGUCUUUGUGCAUGCUGGCCCCUUUGCUAACAUUGCCCACGGCAACUCUUCAGUGUUGGCUGAUAAAAUAGCCCUGAAACUGGUUGGUCAAGAAGGAUUUGUAGUAACUGAAGCUGGCUUUGGUGCUGAUAUUGGAAUGGAGAAAUUUUUCAACAUCAAGUGCCGAGCAUCUGGCUUGGUGCCCAACGCAGUCGUGCUGGUGGCUACGGUGCGCGCUCUGAAGAUGCACGGAGGCGGGCCAAGCGUAACUGCUGGUGUCCCGCUAAAGAAAGAAUAUACAGAGGAGAACAUCCAGCUGGUGGCAGACGGCUGCUGUAACCUUCAGAAGCAGAUUCAGAUUGCUCAGCUCUUUGGGGUUCCCGUUAUUGUGGCUCUGAAUGUCUUCAAGACUGACACCCGUGCUGAGAUUGACUUAGUUUGUGAGCUCGCGAAGCGGGCUGGCGCCUUUGAUGCGGUCCCCUGCUAUCACUGGUCCGUCGGUGGGAAAGGGACGGUGCAGCUGGCUCGGGCUGUGAGAGAUGCUGCCAAUAAGGGAAGCCGUUUCCGGUUCCUGUAUGAUGUUCAGCUUCCAAUUGUAGAAAAGAUAAGAACCAUUGCGCAGGCUGUGUAUGGAGCCAAAGAUAUCGAACUGUCUCCUGAGGCACAAUCCAAAAUAGAUCGUUACACGCAACAGGGUUUUGGAAAUCUGCCCAUCUGCAUGGCAAAGACCCACCUUUCUCUAUCUCACGAACCUGACAAGAAAGGUGUACCCAGAGAUUUCAUUUUGCCCAUUAGUGAUGUUCGGGCCAGCAUAGGUGCUGGGUUCAUCUACCCUUUGGUUGGAACGAAAAAGAGCUCUGACAGCCAGUGGAGAAUGUUCAGAGGGCCAAGGGCCAGAGCCAGGGAAAUACCAGUUGCGGCCAGAGUUCAUCAAGGUCAACACUGCGAUCACUGAAGCUAACGUGGAGAGAGAGGCGACUUCGAGACAUAUUUAAGGGUAGCCACCUACACGUGGGGUCAUGGGGUGGGCCACUUGCAGCUUGACUGGGAUGGUGGUGCCGUCAGUCCUGGAAGGAACACGGCGGGAGGCAGAUGGGCAGAGCCAGAAAUGAGUCUGGCUUAGAUGUGGAGGACUGCGAGGGUUAACAGGAGAUAUAAAGUGGUCUGUGGAUCUAUUAGAAAUACAGACACAGCACUCAGAGGGAAGGAAUAGAAAGGAAGGCCUUGAGGGUUUUAAGAAUAUAGAUGAAAGCAGAUGUUGAACAGGGGAGAAGCAAGGAUAAGCAUGACAGAAGUGAGAAGAGGGUGAAGGACCAUACUCUAGAAAUGUCUACAUUUACAGAGCCCUGCGAGGAGUCUGGGGGGACCCGUUGAAGGUCUGGGGGGUGUGAGGAGACCAGGGAAUCCCACA